UUGUAGGUGUAGAUGAUGAGGAUGACAAGUGAAAAUCCCAAAAGUAAAUGUGGUCACCAAACCAACGCUGAUCAUAUAUGUAACUGUUCUAUCCCCUCUAGGCCCUUAUUGUUAUCUUUUGGGAAUCUACUCAAGCGGCCACACUUCCAUUCCAUUCCUCAGACAGUCCUUGCGGCGGGCGGGUGGGUUCUUCUAUUUUCCAUUUCCUAAUAAUUAAUACUGUUACUGUUAUGUUGGUUGGUUGGUUCAUUGUUCUUGUAACGGUUUUUCGAAUCUGAGACUGAGACUGAGAAGACAUUCAUCCAUCAGAAGUUGCCAUGACCACCUUGGUGACAUCUCCACCUCGGAUGCAACUCAAUGUCCGUUUCUCCCCCUUUUUAGUGUCCGGCCAGAGGUUAUUCUCACAUGGAUCUCUGUCUCUGCAAACACCCCACAAGGCAUGGAGACAUUCUAUGUUUCUCAAGUCCAAACCUGUCGUCAAAGAUGGGGUUCUCAGUUUCAAUGGAACCAAUGCGCUGACAGGAAUACCAGAUAAUGUUGUCAUGACACCAUGGUCAAACUCUUCGCUAUUCCUCGGUGCCACUUCCGCCCACAGCAGUUCCCGGCAAGUUUUCAAGCUUGGUCUUAUACAGGAUGCCAGAUUGUUGUGCUUAUUUAGAUUUAAAAUUUGGUGGAUGAUACCUCGUGUGGGAAAUUCAGCAAGUGACAUCCCCAUUGAAACUCAGAUGUUGCUGCUGGAAGCAAAGGAAGAUUCAAGUUCUAAUGACUCUAAAGGAUCUCCAUCCUAUGUCAUUUUCUUGCCUACGUUAGACGGUGAAUUUAGAAGCAGUUUGCAGGGAAACUCAGCUGAUGAGCUAGAAGUUUGUAUUGAAAGUGGUGACCCGGCUGUAAUUGCAUCAGAGUCUCUAAAAGCAGUUUUUGUGAAUUAUGGAAACAACCCAUUUGAUCUGAUGAAGGAAUCUAUGAAGAUCAUGGAGAAGCAUAUUGGAACAUUUUCAGUCCGCGAAAGCAAACAGAUGCCUGGAAUGCUAGAUUGGUUUGGUUGGUGCACCUGGGAUGCUUUCUAUACAGAAGUUAAUCCUAAAGGAAUCAAAGAUGGUCUAAAAUGCUUGUUAGAAGGAGGCACUCCAGCAAGGUUUUUGAUAAUUGAUGAUGGGUGGCAAGAUACAACUAAUGAGUUCCAGAAUGAAGGAGAGCCUUUUGUGGAGGGGUCACAGUUUGGUGCCAGACUCGUCAGCAUUGAGGAAAAUAGCAAGUUCAGGAAGACAGGAGAUGAGGCUUCAAGUGAGGCACCCAGUGAUCUUAAGGAAUUUAUUUCAGAUAUAAAGAGUACUUUUGGACUUAAGUAUGUCUAUGUAUGGCAUGCACUCAUGGGAUACUGGGGGGGACUUCAUCCAAAUGCCAGAGGAACUGAAAAGUACAAUCCAAAACUAAAAUUCCCCGUACAGUCACCGGGGAAUCUUGCACAUAAGAGGGAUAUAUCUAUGGACUCCAUGGAAAAGUACGGUGUUGGCACAAUAGAUCCUGCCAAAGUAUCUGAAUUUUAUGAUGAUCUGCACAGGUACCUUGUAUCACAGGAAGUGGAUGGGGUGAAGGUUGAUGUACAGAACAUACUGGAAACUAUAGCGAUUGGUUUGGGAGGCCGGGUAUCACUUACAAGACAUUUCCAACAAGCUCUUGAAAAGUCUAUUGGCACACAUUUCCAAGAUAAUAGCAUAAUCUGCUGCAUGGGUCAGAGCACGGAUUCCAUCUACAACUCAAAAAGAAGUGCUAUCACACGUGUGUCCGAUGAUUACUAUCCAGGAAACCCAACAACACAGACAGUGCAUGUGGCGGCUGUGGCUUAUAACAGCAUAUUCUUUGGUGAAGUUGUCGUCCCAGAUUGGGACAUGUUCUAUAGCCUCCAUAAUUCAGCUGAGUUUCAUGCAGUUGCUAGAGCAGUUGGAGGUUGUGGAGUCUAUGUUAGUGAUAAGCCCAGUCAGCAUGAUUUCAAGAUACUUAGAAGGCUUGUACUGCCUGAUGGAUCAGUGCUGAGGGCAAAAUACCCAGGGAGGCCAUCAAGAGAUUGUUUAUUUAAUGAUCCAGUUAUGGAUGGAAAAAGUCUGCUGAAGAUCUGGAACCUGAACGAAUUUACUGGAAUUAUUGGAGUCUUCAAUUGCCAAGGAGCAGGAAGCUGGCCUUGUCUGGAGAACACUGUCCAAAGAGACAUUAUCUCUGACCUAUCUGGACAGGUCUCUCCUACUGAUAUCGAGUAUUUUGAAGAGGUCUCAGGGAAAUCAUGGAUGGGAGAUUGUGCAGUCUUUUCCUUCAACACAGGGACCCUGUCUCGGCUACCAGUGCAAGAAUCGUUCACGAUCACGUUGAACACAUUGCAAUGUGAUGUGUUUACUGUGUCUCCCAUUAAGGUUUACCAUCAGAAGAUUAAGUUUGCUCCCAUUGGAUUGAUAAAUAUGUACAAUGCUGGAGGAGCUAUUCGGGCAGUUGAAGUUUCUAAAGAUUCUUCUAAUCGUAGAAUUGUCAUCAAGGGAAGAGGAGCUGGUCUUUUCGGAGCAUAUUCCGAUCCAAAGCCAAAGUUUUGCUCUGUGAACUCUCAAGAACAUGAAUUCAAAUAUAGAAGUGAAGAUUAUUUCUUUACUAUACCCACUGGUGGUACAAGUUCAUGGGAUAUUACCAUUCGUUAUUGAGGCUUCAUUUUUGCUUUUAGCCAAGAUUCAAAUCAAAAGAAGAAAAACGACUGAAGAAAUUGUAGCACCUAGACUGGAAAUGUUCUCAACGAACCAAUGGUGUGUACAUAAUGAACUACUAAUUUUGGAGUGUUUAGCAUUGUCGGCCUACAAACAGGCCUAUCAAACAGUCCAUGAACGCAAACGGGCAAGCCAUCAGCUUAUCCUCUUCUGCCAGAGAGCUAGUUUCCUUUACUGAAUGCACAUCAGAAAAGGCAAUCCUCCUACACUUCGUUGAUCAACUCCUUUUCCUUGUUUCGAAAUAAAUUUUGUUCCUUGGAGGAAGUAAAAAAGAACCAGCCACUCUAUUCCCGCCAACCAGUAACUCAACUAUAUAUAUAUAUAUAUAUUCACUGCCGAUAUAGUUUUAGAUUUUCCAACCGAACCAUGUUUGGGUGUGUGUGCCUAUAUGCUUCUUUCAUUCAGGGCUGCAUUUCAACCGAGACUAGUGAGUUCAAGUACUUGGUCUAACUUCGUAGCUGGAUCUGCCUUGGCCACCCAAGGCUGAUGCUGAUUAUCUUCUAAUGUGUGCAAAAGAGAAG